AUGUCGGCCAUGGCACCCAACAGUGACCGCGCUUCUACAGGCAGCUCUGCCUAUGCCGACUCUGGAAAAUACGCUUCGUGGGCCAGGAGUAGCGAUGCUGGCAGCCGGAGGGGAAAAGACAAGGAAGAUGCCAAUAACCUGACCGUAUCUCGACGACGCGGCCGCAAGUCGGGAGGCUUCUUGAUGGGCAACCUCUUCCAACCUAGAGACAGCGAGGACGAGAAGACCGAACCAGCCCUCAAGCCGUCGCCGCGAAAGCCUUCACGACUAGGCCAGAAUGUCUCGAGUCCGCAGAACGAUACCACCUCGACUCCUUCGAUGCCUCAGCCCUCCCUGGACCCUACCCAGCUGGUACAGAUGGCCCUUAGCCUGAGUGAGGGUCGUCGUCGCCAUGUCAGCGCCAGUCUGCAAGUUCCUGCUGCCUCGCCCGAUAAGCGUCGUGUGCGGUCUAGUGGUGCCCCCGUCAUACACGUCUCCCCAGGCUCCCCCAUGGGCAACGACCUCUUACAACCCAUUUCUCCUGGCGAUUCUGGUUACCGCGCAUCCACCGAAGACGAUGCUAGUUUCAUGACUGGCGAGGAAGUCAACUACGAAUUCUCCCAAGCCACUCUCCACCGCGCCGACCGAGCACGCAAGUUCUUCGAGCUGUCGACCGAGUACAGACGCUUGUUGACAAAUCUUCCGCCUCUGAAGCCUGCCGUAUCUGUUUCGUCUCCACGCUCCGACUCGAGCCAGAAAGAGUUGGGAAGAGAAUACAAUCCGCUGCAACUCUUGCGCAAUCGCAAAGCCCGCCAUCGCGAGCAACGCCCUCUUGAUCCUCCAGUCGAAGCCUACGACAACCUCUCCAAGGUUAAGAGCUACAUCGAUGAACUAGAGCACGAAGCCACCGACCACACCUACCGCUCCACAUUGGACACAUCUCUCCUUCCAACUUUCCGUCGUCCCAGCCGAGGUCAGGAUGAUACUCCAAACCAAGUUACUCGCUCCCACAAGCGUUCUGAUACAGCUGCAACAAGAAUCACCCCUUCCGAGACGGGCUGGUCUUUUGGCCCUGCCGAAUUAUUAGCUGACGCUGUCUGGCUGUUGCAGCCCGCAAACAGAGCAUGCAUAGAGAAUAGGCACGGUCACAAAGUCUUCCCUCAACAACCUCGUUCGAGCUUCGACAGUGCGAGAAGCGGCAGAAAGAGUGGUGAUAGCAGACCGUCCAUCUCGCGCACAAACACUUGGGGAAGUACCGUAAAGAGUGACGACGACACAGACCGAGGCCGCAUGAAAUCAAAAUUCCUCUCUUUGCGACAUGUCGAUCAGUCUGCUCGGAAACACUUGUUUAGAAACAGGUCGCGUUCAAGCAGUAUGUCCAGCGCCACCUCGGCACGUCCCUCGAAUCGUAAGAAGCAGUUCUUGGGCCCCGGAGACGCUCCCGAUGUUGAGAAUACUGGUCCUUUGGAGCGCCAUAUGAAGAACUUGAUCGAAAAAGAGACGUUGGGUAUCGAAGCGAACUCGCCCGAGUUCAUUUCGCCAGAUAAGUGGGAUAGAGGUCAUGAACAGUCAAGUGGAAAGUCACCGACUCUCGCUGAGAGUCCGUCUGUGAACAACCACAAGCGAAAUGAUUCAUCAAAGACCGAUGAACAUGGCAUACAAGACGAUCGUGCUCGUUCUUCCUUUGACGACUCUACUGCUCCUAGCUCUCCCGUCGUCGCAAAUCACAUCCCUUCGUUCGGUAUGAGUCUGUCCCCUCCCGCAAGUCGCCAAAGCUCGCCCGAGAGGAAGUUUAGUCUUUUCAGAUCCAGCAGGAAUGCCUCUGAUGACAAGGUCCAUCGCACAGACUUUGCUACCGCCAGCUUAGCCAGUCUCGCCAACUCACGCCAUGUCAGCGACAAUGUCGAUCCGCCUCGUUCCAGCAUCGACUCGCUCCGUCCUCCAGUUCCAGGCUUUAAGCGUCAUAAAACAUCAAACAGCAUAACCAGCACACUGCUAAAUCCAGGCCGCCGUAUGUCAAAGGAUGUCGGUGUUGGCAGGUUCUUCAAGGGUGGCCGUAUCGGAGACUUGGUUCGUUCGGACAGUUCUCGUCAAAAUGAGAAAUCUCGAAAGAAGGACCGACAGGCUACUUCUGACAUGUCGGAUUCUGAUAUGGAUACUGAGGAACAAGACGAGAAUCGACCGCGCAAGAUGCCAACCGUAAACAGGUCAAAUUCUAUACUUGUCGGAGCGACCCCGAAGCAAAAAGAGAAGGAGCGACAGAAACUCAACAAUUUGAACUUGCCAUCCUUUAAGCCGAUUAAUCAGAUUAUGGAGAGCGAUGCAGAAGAAGAUCAUAUCGCUCGACAAUCCAAGUUGCACAGAGAGGGAAGCAGAUCCUCCAGAUUCGACAGACUAGCUCCUCCUCGCAUCAACCUUCCUCGAGAGGACUCUCCCUCUGUGUCACCAACCCGAAGGACACCAAUAUCACGCUAUUCUAGCGAUGGCGGCGACCGCAGUGAUCAAGACAUGCUGGGUCACUUGCGCAAGAACCGUCAACCCGGUUUGUUCGAAGCAAACUUGCCAACGAUCGAGAACGAAUCUCCUUCUCGAUCUCGACACUCAUCGCCCUCGAAACGACACUGGAGCAUCUCCGACCGCAAAGGCGCUGAUAGCGAAAACGCAGAGCCGACAAUGGUAUCGUCACUCGACAUAGCACGAGUGCGAGCCCUAUACCUCAGCAGCGGCAUCAAAGCCCAGGAAAUCGUGCUCCGCGUCAACAGCAUUGCCAACCCGCCCUCCCAAUUCUUCGUAACUGCAGCAAAGACAUCAAACCAAGGCAUCCAUCCCGUCCGUGUCAAGGAAGAAUUCACAGUCGCCGCACGCAUGCUGCACAAGACGAUUAAAGACCAAUCCACCUCCCUCUCCAAACAACUGGCUUCCUUCCGCCAAUCUCAGUUGCCUAGCUUACACGACAGACUCGCCGAUUUACGCAUCAAAGUGGACGAAAAGUUUACGCCGCUCGUGCAUUCGACGGCUGAUGAGGCAGACGCAUUUACAGUGGCACUUACCACUCAACAUACACUUGCCACCAAGCAAGUCAACGAUGCCAUUGACAAUGUCCUCCGCCGUCGCCGCAGAAAGUUGAUCUUCUUGCAAAAAGCGACGUUUACCGUUCUCGAGUGGAUUGUAUUGGGCUUGCUGUGGGGAGUGUGGUUUGUGGUUAUCAUUGUACAGUUCUUUAGGGGUAUCAUUUCUGGUGUUAUUGGAGGGGUCAGAUGGAUGCUUUGGCUGUAG